AUGAUGAAAGAGGGCAGAACCAAACCCUACUACGGGGAAGCGUCCCUGAGGUCCUCAAAGCCACCAUUCAAUAAAGAAAUCAUGGAGGCUCCACUGCCAAGUAGAUUCAAGAUGCUCACCUUUGAAAGGUACGAGGGUCUAAAUAACCCAAUUGAUCAUCUGGAUACCUUCAAGAUGGUGAUGCAGUUGCAAGGGGCUCCAGACGCCAUCAUGUGCCGAGCUUUUGCAACAACCCUUAAGGGUACUGCCAGAGACUGGUACCGAACUCUACGACCCGGAUCAAUUGGUUCCUUCUCAGAGAUGGAACAACUAUUCACCGGCCACUUCCUUAGUGGCCGAAGAAUUGCUAAAACAAUGGGCCAUCUCAUGAGUAUGGCGCAAGGAGAGCAGGAGACUCUAAAGAAAUUCAUGCACCGCUUCAACACGACAACCCUAGAAAUCCGCAACCUAGACAUGGGGGUGGCUUUAGCAUCCUUGACAACGGCUCUCCAGCCUAGAAGCUUCUUAUACUCUCUAGGGAAAAAAUCGCUGGUGGAUAUGGGGGAGCUGAUGGCUCAAGCACAAAAAUACAUCAACUUGGAGGAGAUGAUGGAUACAAGAGGAAGUCGCAUAGAGCGGAAAAGGAAAAGUAGUAGCAGGGAGACGGGAGAAUCCUAUAGAUCCGCGAAAAGAUACGAGACUAGUGCACUACACACCAGCCUAAAGAUAAGAGGACAACCCAACAAGUUCUCUACCUACACACCCCUGAAUGUACCGCGCUCUGAAUUAUUGAUGCAGAUCAGAAAGAAGGACUAUGUCUCGUGGCCUGAACCCAUGCGAACGCCUCUUCACAAGCGAAACAUGUCCAAGUUCUGCGCAUUCCAUAGGGAUCAUGGUCACGACAUAGAGGAAUGCAUUCAGUUGAAGAAAGAAAUCGAAGCCCUAAUAAGAAAUGGAUACCUGUCAAAGUUUAUAAAGGAAAAAGAUCCACAAAGGGAACCUCUCGGGCAAAGGAGGCCUUGCGCAAAAGAGAAAGAAGUGCAGGUCAUAGGGGAAAUUGCGGUGAUCUUCGGAGGAUCCGCUAGCGGAGGAGAUAGUGGGGGUGCUCGCAAAAGAUAUGCUAAACAGACGCGUGUUGAUAGACAAAGGGAGCUCAGCAAACGUCAUGUUCUGGUUGGUCCUGGUCGGAAUGAAAAUCAAUAA